CUCUGCCGUGCAAAGAAUAUGCUUCUUCAAGAAAACUGAUAGGAGACUUUGAUAUCUCACGAUGAGAAACUGUCACAAUACAUAAGACUAUUCGAUUCAAUUCAAUUUAUUUCAUAAUUUCUUAUAUAUACAGUAUACAAUAUACAAUUAUGCCGCUAGACACCCGAUGGGCAUAUAUUGUGGUGUAACAGAAUUAAAUUUAAAAAAUUUAAAAAAAACUAUAUCUAGACUACAUUUAAAAGAAAGUACUUAUAUAAUUUGUUUGAUAAUAAUAUAAAGUACUUAAUAAUAUUAAGUAAGCCAUAAACAAGGCAGCAAGUAUGAAGAGAACAUUAAGUGAUUUUGCAAGUAACACCAGCGCACAUGGUUGGGGGAAUGUCACCCAAAGAACAACAAAACUUGGUAGAACCCUCUGGUUUGGCCUCUGUCUUGGUUGUACGGCUGUGGCAAUAUGGCAGGUGAUAACGAUCAUCCUGAGAUAUGGGAAAUUUGAUACAAGGGACAGAAUCAUUGUCAAGAAUGGAGACAUCAUUUUCCCCUCAGUUACUGUGUGUCCUUUACUUGGAUUGUCAGCAACUGGGUUUCAGCACCUAAUUCAAGAUUCGAUAGAUGAUGAACAAAAAACCAUGCCAUUGGUGGAACUAGCGGACAUUUUACAAAAUUUUCCAACUUAUUUAGACAAUAAUGUCUCACAAAGUGCGCAGUCUGAGAAACGGGAAUUUUACGAAGAAUUUCUCACUCAGUUAUAUUCUUUUCAAGGAUAUUUUGACAAUGGUAAAAACUUAAUCCGAAACUACAGCCAUAAACAAGAGGAUUUUAUCCCAGUAUGUGUGUAUCAAGGGAAGUCAUGUUUGAAGACUGAUGUCUCCACUCUAGAGCACCAUGAACAUUAUACAUGCUUUACAUUCAACGGAGGCAACACAACCAUUGCUAAACCAAGCACAAAGAUCUCGGGUCCUAAAGGGGGACUAUCUUUAACUCUUUACCUGGAUACAACUAAAGCUUCACUGAUAUACAAUCCAAACUACCCAACCAGCGGUAGUCAAGGAGUAAGAGUUGUGAUCCAUGAAAAGGGGACUCUGCCUGACCCAGAAAAUGAUGGAUUUGACAUUGAGGAAGGACACUCUGUCAAUGCAGCAUUGUCUGUCAAUGAAAGACAACUAAUGAAAGCACCUUGGGGUGAAUGCGCUGAUCAUGACUCUGAGUCCUAUGGAGCUUUCAAAUACACAAAAAAACAUUGUCUCCUUAAAUGCCUGCAGAGAACCAUCUACGAAACAUGUGAUUGCGUCAAAUCUUCCUUACCAGUUGACAAUGAUAUGGCUCAUACAGAAUAUUGUCUAAAACUUCACACAAAUGAAUGGCUUAAACUGAAAUCCAAUGAGUACAACCUAACUGUAAUACAAAAUGACCUGAGGCGACUUCGAUGUCAAAAUGAUUUUUCAUUGUCAGAUUUUGUGGGCCAAGAUGGUUGUCAAUGCCGGGAAAAGUGCAUGUACCAAUCGUACGAAAUGACACUCUCUCAAUCGGUGUGGCCAUCAGAAGGGGUAGUGAUAGACUUUUACUGUCGCUCGAUCAUGAACAUGGACAACUACAUUAACUCUAGUAUCUAUAAAACCUAUCAUGGUGUUUUCCAUGAAUACUGUGGUUACGUAAAAUCAGAAAAAGAAAACGAAAUACUCAAAGACACGCAUGGAAAUCAACUGCGAAAAAAUGUUGUUCGUUUAAAUGUGUUUUUUAAAGAUCUAGACACUAAGAUAACCCAACAGGCUGAAGAUUUCACAAUUAGCUCAAUGAUCUCAGAAAUAGGGGGAAGUUUUGGAUUCUUUAUUGGCAUGUCUAUCUUAACAAUCACUGAAGUGAUUCUCUUGUGCUGGAACAUCGCCCAAGUGAUUCGAAAGAAGAUGGUAAUAUCACCGUCACAUCACAAAGAUGUGGCUCAAAAACAUGCCUCGGAUGAUAGGCCGAAAAAAUGACAGAUGAUCAAAUGUUGCUUUAUUUUAUAAGAUUUAAACCAUGAAAAUUUUCAAAUCUUUUAAACACUGGACAAAAAAGGUAAACAAAUCAAGGUGAAAAUGUAAGUCAUAUUUUAAGAUGGAGGAAUCCCAAUGUUAACUCAAGGGUGCAAAAAUAUGAAUUGAAAUUAGUCGCUGACUUGAUCAUGGACACAAAAGCUAAUGUAUAACUUACAAUGAUAUAUUUGAACAGUUUAAUGGCUCAUUACUGUUAGUUAUCUAGACAAUAGAAGCAAUAUUGAGGGUCUUAGUGCAAAAUUAAGUCAUUUUGAUGAUGUCAUUUUCCCAUUAUUUCCAGUUGAAUGUU